AUGGAUGCUCCUAUAAAUAAACAAAAUAAUUCAAAUGUUGUUGGACAUUCUUUUAAUGCAGCUUCAAAUAUUCUUGAUAUUGGCCUUGCUAGAGAAAUUCACUUAAUUGAGCUUCAAAAUAUCCAAGCCUUUAUAGCCCAUAAAGAACACGAGGUUUCUGUUUAUGAAAAUGCUAGGCGUUUGAUUGAAUGUCAAGCCUCAGGUGAUCGUUGUAUGGUUUUUCUUGCUGAUAAUUUAUUUGUUAUGAGAACGCGUGAACAAGCUUUAGAAAUUUUGGAUAGACAAAUUGAAGUUUUUCAAACUGCCUUAAAAUAUCUACGUCAAGAAAUGGCCUCUCUAACUGAAAAGGUCGCUCUAAUGGAAAGAUUAAAUAUUACAAACGAUGGUUUAGUUGAAAUUCGAGAACCAGAAAAUGAAGACAUGGAAGGAAAUGGAAAAAUUAAAGGUAAACGAAUUCAACAUUCUCCUGCUAAAAAAUCGCCCCCUUCGCCAAAUAAGUCACUUUCAACCCCUUGUUCAAAAAAUGAUGAUAUGGAUCGAAUAAAUGAUGAGAUAGAUCAAAUACUGAAGAGAGGGGAAGAAAAUAAUGAAGACAAUAAUAGAAUUAAUGAAAAAUCUAAGGAAGACGUUAACAAACCAACUAGGCCAAAAGGAGUGUCUGAAAAGGAUUAUGAGAGGUUUGUCAAGCUUUGUGAUUCGCUGGAAUUGAGUGAAGAUGAGGAAGAAAAAAGUGAUGAAAAGGGGGAAGAAAUGGAUGUGAAGGAAGGAGAGGAAGAGAAUAAUAAUGAUCAUCAACAUUCCAAACAAGAAAGACGACGUGUACAUUUUUCUGAUAACUUAGAGGAUGAUGAACAACAACCUAUUGGAAUGAAAAAGGAACGUUCUAUUUUGAAGAAUAAAAAUGAACAUUCGCCAAUUGAUUCUACAGAAUUGCAAAAAAUUGAUCAAAAAGAGCAAAGGCGAAUAUACAGCGUUUCUAAAGAGAUUGUUAAAGACGAAAUUAUGGAACGUGAACCUUUUUUAAAAACAAAAAAGAAUACACAAAAAUCAAAAAAUCUCAAAAAUUUUAAUAAAAAACAAAAGAAUCAACGUCCAAUUUCUCGAUGGAAAGCUCAAAGGGAUGGGCUUUUACAUAAUGAUAGUGAGGAUGAUUAUGCGGAUAGAUGA